AUGUUUUUUUUUGUUCCUUCAUUCUUUCUCAUCCUUCUCAAUAUCAAUUCUGUUUUCUUUUAUAUUUUUUUUUCACCUUCAUUUCCGCUUUUCCUCAAAAAACCUGCCCCUUUAAAUGGUAUUCCUCCAAGAACAAUCCUUUCUUUCUCUUUUUCUGUCAUUCUAAAUAGUUUUCAGGGCAUUUUUCUUUUAUAUCCUUCUCUUUCAAAACUUUUUUUUUCUUUACCCUCGCCCUUCCAAUUUCUGUACUCUCUCCAUUUCAUCUGGUUUUUUUCUGUCAAUCUCAAUUUAUCUAUCUUUUUAAUUCUCUUUUUUUUCCACAGACUAAUGGCUCUUUCUCAUUCUGUCACCCUCACACUAACCUCCCUUCUCUCGCUUUUUUUCUCACGUUCAUCCUUUUCUUUUUUAUUCUCCUUCCCUCCUCUUCUUUUCUUUCCCCUGUUUAACUCUUUCUCUCUCUCUUUUUCUAUCACUCUCAAACCUCUCUUUAUCUCCCCUCGUCUAUUUAUUCCCUCAUCUUCUAUCUCCUUUUCAUUUACCCCCCUUCUUUUUUAUAAAAUUCUCUCCCUUCACCCAUCUUUUUUCUUUCUUUUUUUGUUUCUUUUUUAUCCCUCAAAGGAAAUCCUUUCCCCCUUUUUAAUUCAAAUUCGCACCCUCUUUUUUUCUUUUCUUUCUUCAACAUUUCUUUCUUUUCUUUUCUUUCUUUUUUUUUUCUUUUCUUUCUUUCUUUCUUUCUUCUCCUUCUUCCUUUUUUUUUUUUUUUUUUCUUUUCUUUAUCUAAUUUUUUUAAAGUUCCUUUGGAUUUUUUCUUUUCUCCUCAUUUUUGUCUUUCUUUCUUUCUUUUUCGCCUUCUUCCUUUCUUUUCUUUCUUUUUUUUCUUUCUCACCUUUCUUUUUUUUUCCUUUCUUUAAAAUUCUUUCUUUCUUUUAUCUAAUUUUUCUUUGUUCCUCAUUUGAUUCCUUUCUCUUUCUCUUCACCCCUUCUUUCUUUCUUUCUUUUUUUCUUUCUUUGUACGUCAUUCUCUCUUCCUCUUCUCCUUUCUCGUUAAUUAAUUCAUUUUUUUUUUUUUUGAUAUUCUCUCCUUCCUUUUCUGCUUUCUUUCUUUUUCUUUUUUUCUUUCUUUCUUUCUUUUUUUUGUUUCUUCACCUUUCUCCCUUUUUUUUCUUUUCCUUUUUUUUCCAUUAA